UAGGGCCCUCCUGUUUUGAUUAAUUGUAUUCAAUGUACUUAUGCACACAGAAAUGGCUCCCUUUCCGCCCGCUUUAUUAUAAUGUAAUGGCUAAGUGAAACAACUGCUUUUUAGUGUAGUUUAAACCUUAACCAAACUAGUUCACAUUAAACACUGUAUCGCCUAUACCACUAAUUCUCUACUUCUAUUUCUGCUAGUUUGUGGUAGUUUUGCCGUAGUGGUUUGCUGUCCCUGUUCUAUACGGAAGUGAGGUUUGUUUGGUAUCCCUUCUUUUCUCACUGAGGUGAAGAUUGGUUUCCAUGGGGAUGCUGAAAAUGAGUGCCAGAAGCAACGGAGUUAGUGUGUUUGUACGCACUAGACCGUCUGUCAACUUUGCUCAAGAUCUCAUUGAGUAUUUGCCAGACCAAAAGACUAUUAACAUUCAUAUGAAAAAAGACACUCGGAAUGUGGUCAACAACCAGCAGUCUGAUUGGGCUUUCAAGAUGGAUGGUGUUCUCCACAACGUGUCACAGAGUCAUGUUUAUGAUAUGACUGCAAAGAACGUAGUAUUGAGGGCUCUGGAUGGCUAUAACGGUACAGUCAUGUGUUACGGGCAGACUGGGGCUGGUAAAACCUACACAAUGACUGGAGCUACAGAGAACUACAAGCAAAGAGGAAUCAUUCCAAGGGCUCUCCAACAGAUCUUUAGGGAGACAGAGGAGCGGUCUGAGCAAGCCUUCACGGUGUGGAUCUCUUUCCUGGAAAUCUACAAUGAGACCCUGUUUGACCUGCUCUCCACCCUGCCGGAUGCUGACUCCAGGGACUCACAGAUGACCAUAGUUGAUGAUGGAAAUGGGGUUCGUGUAAAGGGUCUCUCCGUCCAUUUGACCAACAAUGAGGAGGAAGCCUUGAAUCUACUCUUUGAGGGGGAAACAAACCGAAUCAUAGCAUCCCACGCUCUGAAUAAAAACUCCUCCCGAUCACACUGUAUUUUAACUGUCUACAUAGAGUCACGCUCCCGAACCUUGUCAAAUGCCAAAUACGUCACCUCUAAACUGAACCUUGUGGACCUGGCAGGCUCUGAACGGUUGGGGAAAACUGGGUCUGAGGGCCAAGUCCUGAGAGAGGCCAUGUACAUCAACAAGUCAUUGUCCUUCCUGGAGCAGGCCAUCAUAGCGCUGGCGGACCACAGACGAGAUCACAUCCCCUUCCGACAGAGCAAGCUCACCUAUGCACUCAAGGACUCCUUGGGUGGAAACUGCAACACAGUACUAGUGGCUAAUAUCUAUGAGGAGGCUGCCCAGAUAGAGGAAACUCUGUCCACUUUGCGAUUUGCUACCCGGAUGAAAUGUGUGCAGACAGAGCCAGCUGUGAAUGAGCACAUUGAUCCUGUGCUUCAGGUAAAGAAACUUGAGAUGGAGAUCAGGCAACUGAAGAAUGAACUGGCCAUCCAUGAUUCACUGGCUAACCGCAGCCUGGUGUCAUACGACGCCAUGAGCGACACCCAGAUUGCUGAUAUUAACUUUCAGGUCCACAGGUACCUGGAAGGAACUACAGAUGAGAUUGAAAUUGUUAACAUCAGACAGAUUCAGGAGGUGUUUGCCCAGUUCAAGGUAGUUUUACAUCAACAGGAGCAGGAGAUUGAGGCCAAGAUCCGUCAGAAGUACACGCUAAUUGACAGGAGCGACAGUGCUGCCAUUGCUGCGGCUGUGAAGGCAGGACAUCCAGUCGACAUGGUUGGAGAAGUGGACGGGCAAGGGUUUGGGAUCGGGGUGGCCCCUUCAGCGGCUAAACACGGUGGCUCCUCCAUAAUAUCUGCAAAGAAGGCAAAAAUUAAGAAGGGCAAGGAAAUGAUCAGCCCUGGUAGGAAGGAUGGGCUUGUGAGCCCAGGAGAUGGGAAGGAGGUUGAGAUGGGCUCUCUAUCGAAGAUGUACCAGCUUGUCUCCUCAACAAAGGACCUGGAAAGCAAGGAGCAUGAUGUGCACAGCAUCGAGUCUCACCGCUCAGAGUCGGCAUGCAAGGACGACCACAGCCGCCCCAAUUCUCCUCCACCCAAGUCAGAGGCCUUUGAGGAUUUUAAAUCAGAGCGUGGGAGUGAGAUAAACCGCAUCCUGAAGGAGAACAAGUCGAUUCUCCUGGAGAAGAGGAAGAAAGUCAAAGAGCUCAUGGACAUCAUCAACUACACCAAGGAGGAGAUUGAUAGCACCAAGCAGGCCUUGCUGGCCAAGAAACAAGACCGGCAGCUGCAGGGAGAGUACGUGAACGAGGAAGGUGAGACUGUGAUCGAUGAGGAGGAGUUUGAUCUCAUCAUGAAGCUGAAGGAGUUAAAAGCCUGCUAUCGCUCAAACUACGAUGAGCUGCGCAACACCAAGGCUGAGGACCAGUACUGCCAGCGCUUGGUGGAACAGUGCAGGAGCAGGCUCUUGAGAGAAUUUGAAAGCUGGUACAACGAAUCAUACCUGAUUCCAGAAGAGGUGCAGAAUGCGCUGAGAGACAGAGGGUCAAUCAGACCAGGAAUGAUGCCCCUCAACAGAGUCUUGGCCUUAGAGGAGGAUGAGCAGGAGAGAUUUGAGCGGCUUCACCAGGAGUUACUGAGCAGCAGCCCAGGCUCCAUCUCCUUCUACAACGCACACAUGAGGACUCAGCAGCGGAAACACUACUUCAGAGCUAUGUCUCAGGCCCAGCCACAGAGAAAGACAGCCAGAGUCAUCAUCCCUCAGGUGAAGAACAAACCCCCGUCUAUUCUCCUCUCCUCCUAGAGGAAACCCAAAUUGAGAGCAUUCCUGCAUUCAGAUUGGAUUCAAUCCCACCCCCCAAGAUAUAAAUAAAUGCAUAACUAAAUAAAUGGACAAAAACUU